UGCAGCUCUUUCCCAUCAAACAAAGAUGGGGAAGCAAAGCAAGAAGAGUAAGAGCAAAAGGGUAACACUGAAGCAGAAGCACAAGAUUAUAAAGAAGGUAAAAGAACAUCAUAAGAAAAAGGCUAAGGAGGCCAAGAAGCUGGGGUUUAACAAAAAGACUAAGGUUGAGAAGGAUCCAGGAAUACCCAAUGAUUGGCCUUUAAAGGAACAAGAGCUUAAGGCUCUUGAAGCUCGUCGUGCUCGUGCUCUCGAGGAACUGGAACAGAAGAAAGCUGCCCAAAAGGAUAGGGCUAAGAGAAGAAAGCUAGGGCUGGUCGAGGAUGAUGACAUGAAUGAACUUGCAGACAUGGCUUCGGGAGAACAGAAUUUUAUAGAGGACAGGGGAAACAAUGAUUCAACUACUUUUGUUAAAAUCCGCGAUAACUCGGAAAGGGCUUUCUACAAGGAGUUAGUCAAAGUUAUUGAAGCUUCUGAUGUCAUUUUAGAAGUGCUUGAUGCUCGAGAUCCUCUUGGUACACGCUGUCUUGACAUGGAAAAGAUGGUGUUGAGAGCAGGACCUGAAAAACAUCUUGUGUUGCUCCUCAAUAAAAUUGAUCUUGUUCCUCGGGAAGCCGCAGAAAAGUGGCUGAAGUAUCUGCGAGAGGAAUUACCAACAGUUUCUUUCAAGUGUAGCACCCAAGAACAAAAGUCAAACCUGGGCUGGAAGUCUUCCUCAAAGUCUGGAAAGACCACAAACCUUUUGCAGACAAGUGAUUGCCUUGGAGCUGAGAAUCUGAUAAAAUUGCUCAAGAAUUAUUCACGAAGUCAUGAGAUCAAAAAAUCAAUUACUGUCGGUGUCAUUGGUCUGCCAAAUGUUGGUAAAAGUAGCCUGAUUAAUAGCUUGAAGAGAUCUCACGUAGUCAAUGUUGGUGCUACACCUGGAUUAACAAGAUCCAUGCAAGAAGUCCAUUUAGAUAAGAAUGUUAAGUUGUUGGACUGCCCUGGGAUUGUGAUGCUUAGGUCAUCAUCAGAGAAUGAUGCAGCUAUUGCUCUUCGAAAUUGCAAGAGGAUAGAGAAGUUAGAUGACCCAGUUGGUCCUGUAAAGGAGAUACUCAAAUUGUGUCCGGCCACGGUGUUAGUAACUAUAUACAAGGUUCCUAGCUUUGAUUCAGUGGAUGACUUCCUUCAGAAAGUUGCUACUGUUAGGGGUAGGCUAAAAAAGGGUGGAAUUGUUGAUGUUGAUGCUGCUGCAAGGAUUGUUCUGCAUGACUGGAAUGAGGGGAAAAUACCAUACUACACUAUGCCCCCGUCUAGAAAUGAGGGGGAGCAUUCAGUGGUAAAGAUAGUUUCAGAACUUGGGAAAGAAUUCAAUGUCGAUGAAGUCUAUGGAAGUGAAUCCUCAAUUAUUGGAAGCCUCAAAUCGUUCGAUGAUUUUCACACAGUUGAAGUUGCGUCAAAUCGCCCUGUUAAUUUUGACGAGACCAUGGUAGAGGACAAUUUGGAGCAACCGGUGACUCAGAGUAAUAAUGCGAUGGAUAACCUCGUUAAUGAUGACAAAGAUGAGGUAAUGGAUGCAGGAGAAGAUGAUGCAGGCCGGACAAGUGGCAAGAAUGCUAGUAGCAGACAAAAUGAGAAGUUAUAUACUGAGGAAGGCAUGCUAAAUACCAAACUUAGAAAAGCUGAAAAGAAAAGGAGGAAGAAAGACAAAACCUCUACUAACAGUGAUAUGAUGGAUGGUGAUUAUGACUUUAAGGUAGAUUAUUUAAAGAAGGAAUCCAUCAUGGAUGAUGCUGAGGAUGAUGUAAUAACUGAUGAAAGCAAGAAAAACAGAUUUGAGCUACCAUCUGGGGUUGAGUUGGAUAAUGAAUGAAGAUAUAGGAGUAUGUCACAACGAAUUGUCUCUUUUGAUGGCGGAUAGUCACCAUCCCUUGAAGUAAUUAAAGGGCGUAAAGAUGCAGAUUUGACCCGCACUCUCUUUCUUUUACUUUAAAUAGAGAGAGUGGUGGCACUUGUACUAGUGAAGCACGCAUGCUUGCAUCCGUGGCGCGGAAGCUGGCCCGAGCCUCCACCGUGUUAUCUAGAAGGGAAUUCUCUUUUUUGAUUGGAUCUCAUCGUUGAGACUUGAAGUAUUCAUUUGUGUUGUAAAAAAAUUGAUUAAAUUUCCCUUUCAACUACACUAAAUCAAGGCAAUUUUAUUUUCAGGGAA